AUAUUCGGGUACCCGUUCGGUUUUCGGUUCGGUUCCGGUUCGGUUCGGUUAGUUCGGAUAUAAAAAUAUAAGAACCGUUUGGGUAUUUGAGGGUAUUAGUCCGGUUCCGGUUUCGGGUAUUUCGGUUCGGUUCCGGUUCGGUUCUUCGGUUCCGGUUAUUUUGCCCAGGCCUAAUUUGUGCCUUAAACCGGGGCUUCUAGCUCUAGUGGUAAAGGGCUUACAGCUGUGAGUACCGCGACCUGGGUUCGAAUCCCGGCCACUGGGGAAUUAACAUUUCGGCAUCGCCAGGGACAGAGGACCGACACGUGGCAACACGUGACUAGUCUGGAUCACUUCUGUGGGGCCAUGAUACCUCUGUAUAAUUCAAAAAAAAAGAUUUAUCCCAUAGCAAAACAAAAACGUUUAUCAUUUUCUUUUUUGAAUAAUCUUGCUUCUUCUCCAUUUGAGCUUAUUCAUCUUGAUAUAUGGGGACCAUUUCAUGUACCUACUGUUGAUGGUUAUCGAUAUUUUUUAACAAUUGUGGAUGAUUGCACUAGAGUAACAUGGAUAUAUCUACUUAAAGAUAAGAGUUCAGUAGCUACGGUUUUUCCAUAAUUCAUCACAUUUGUUGAAACUCAAUACAACACAUCUAUUAAAUCAAUUAGAAUAGACAAUGCUCCUGAACUUUGCUUUCUCUUCUUUGUUAAAAUCAAAAGGCAUAGUACAUUACUUCUCAUGUGCAUACACACCCCAACAAAACUCAGUAGUAGAACACAAACACCAACAUAUAUUGAAUGUAGCUCGUUCUUUACUUUUUCAAUCUAACAUUCCUAUUGAGUAUUGGUGGGAUUGUAUUCAAACUGCCAUUUAUCUCAUAAACAGAACACCAACCCCUAUUCUUCAAAACAAAUCUCCUUUUGAAGUUCUUACUUCCAAAGCUCCAAACUAUGAUCAUCUUAGGGUCUUUGGCUGUCUCUGUUUCACAUCAACUUUACUAAAAGAUAGAAAUAAAUGGUUAUCCUCAAGGUUAUAAAGGAUAUAAAGUACUUGAUCUUCAUACAAAUCGGAUUUCCAUCUCUCGAAAUGUAAUUUUUCAUGAAUCAGCUUUUCCUUUCUCUGAAAGACUUUCCCAUUCUUUAGGAGAUGACAUCUUUGGUCAAGAUGUUUUACCACUUCCUGUUCCAGAUUCUCCAUUUCCUGCAUUUUUCGAUUUAGGUCUUACUACUUCAACUGAUUUUCCCUUUCAAAAUGAUUUUUCUGCUGAUUUUGUUCCUUCUGAGAAUGUGCAUGCAUCUCCUUCACAUGACACUAAUGUUCCUCACAAUGUACAAAACUUCAAACUAGAGUUCCUGCAUAUCUUGAUAAUAUCACUGCUAUCUUUUAGAUAAAACUAAACCCUUUCCUUCUCACCCUACUCAAAUUACUGCAUAUUCUAUCUCUGCUUGUCUCUCUUAUGACAAAUUUGAUUCCCAUCAUCGUGUUUUUCUUCUUGCCAUUACCACUGUCACGGCUCCCAAAACCUUUAAGGAAGCCAUUCUCAGCGACGAGUUUUAAGGUGCUAUGAAAUCUGAAAUGACGUCCCUAGAAGAGACUGGUACUUGGUUUAUCUGUCCACUGCCUCAGGGGAAGCAUCUUGUUGGUUGUUAGUGGGUGAAUAUUUAUAAAUUCAACACUGAUGGCACGGUUGAACGCCCUAAGUCUCACUUGGUGGCCAAAGGAUAUACUCAGUUGGAGGGUCUUGACUUCUUGGAUACGUUUUCAUAAGUUUUUAAGUUGGGAACAUUUCGGUUAUUGCUCAGUCUUGAUGCCUCGAAGAAUUGGUCUAUUCAGCAGCUUGACAUUAGCAAUGAUUUCCUGAAUGGAGACCUAGACGAGGAGAUAUACAUGACGAUCCCUCAAGGUUAUGAAGAACUAACGGGUAGAGUUGUUCUUCCAAAUUAUGUUUGUCGUCUGCAUAAGUCCCUUUACGGACUGAAGCAAGCUUCUAAACAAUGGAAUCACAAGUUUUGUCAUGUCAUCACAUCUGCGGGUUCACUCAGGCUCCUUCUGAUCAUUCAUUGUUUGUUAAGAGAUCAGAGAAGAUCUUUGUCGCAGCUCUUGUCUACGUGGAUGAUAUUUUGAUUGUUGGCAAUGAUGAAGCAGCCAUCGAGAAUUUCAAAGACAUUCUCAAAGGAGCUUUCAAACUCCGAGAUCUUGGUACGGCGAAGUAUUUCCUUGGCUUUGAGAUUGCAAGGAAUGACAGUGGGAUUUCUAUUAAUCAGAGGAAAUACACUUUAAAACUACUUCAAGAAGCAGGAUACCUUGGUUGUAAACCAUUUUUGGUUCCGAUGGAACCAAACUCGAAGCUCUCAGAUUCUUCAGGAGGUCUUCUCUCAGACCUGUCAGUAUAUCGGAAGAUAGUUGGGAAGCUAUUGUACCUGACGCAUACACGCCCUGACAUUACCUAUGCGGUGCACAAGUUGAGCCAGUUUAUGUCUGCUCCUCGUCAGGAUCAUCUUACCGCAGCUCAACAGGUUCUCAGAUAUUUGAAGAAUGAUCCAGCUCAAUGGAUGUUCUAUCCUGCUUCUUCCUCAGUUCACUUGACAGCAUUUUGUGAUGCUGAUUGGGCGUCUUGCCCUGAUUCUCGUCGUUCCACGACUGGGUAUUGUGUGUUCUUAGGCGAUUCUCUUAUCUCUUGGAGGGCAAAAAAACAACACACAGUUUCUCGUAGCAGUUCUGAAGCUGAGUACCGGUCGAUCGCAGAUACGACGUGUGAAUUGAUAUGGCUUGUUGUUCUGCUUCGUGAUCUGCAUUGUCCACUUACAGGUCCAGCUACACUGUUCUGUGACAAUCAAUACGCGUUUCACGUUGCAUCCAAUCCUGUCUUUCAUGAGAGGACAAAACAUAUCGAGAUAGAUUGCCACGUUGUUCGGGAGAAGUUGCUCAGUGGUUUCUUGAAAAUUAUGCAUGUGAGAUCAGAACAUCAGCUUGAAGAUAUUCUCACCAAGACGGUGCAACCGGCUGUGUUCAAGCAGCUUAUACUCAAGAUGGGUCUUCAUCACUUGUCCAUUCCAUCUUAA